AUGAAGGAUCAGUUUGAUUUAUAUUAUAGUAAAAAGUAUACAGUCAAAGAACAAAAUAAGGUAUGGGAUAUUAUUGCGAAAAAAUAUCUAAGUAUUUUCCAACUACUUAUUGAAAUUAUUAAGAAGCAAACUCCAAACUCUUCAAAUCAUAAAGAAACAAAACACGAUUAUAAGUUUAUACCUCAAUCAGAAAAACUUGACAAUUCUAUUUCAUUAAAUUAUACUAUUAAAGUAUACCAAGGAAUACAAAUAAGACAAAAUUGGCCUAACCCUUUUGAGAUUGAUUUUCUCAAUAUAAAAAAACCUAAUGAUGUGGCAAUAAUUUCAUGUAAAAUAGGUGACUUGAUAAUAUCUUACGCAAUUAUAGAUACUGGUGCAAAUGAUUCAUUAUAUAUUGAUAAUAUUCCUGAGUAUUUAGGAAUAAAAAUAGAUAAGAAAAAUGUUCACAAACUUACUGGUGCAGUUGAAGAUUCCCAAUCUAUUGAUAUUACAUAUAAUGUUCCUAUAACCAUAGGCACUGAAGAAGAUUCUAUAACAGUUUCUGAAAAAGAAAUAUCUGUAAUUACCACAAAAAAGAAUCAAAAUGGAAAAGACAUAUCUAUAAUGAUACUUGAUACAAAAUGGCAACAUCGUGUUGGGUGGGAUCUGAUAGUGAAAGGAGAAUUCACAGCUACAUACAAUGAAAAGACUAUUACAGUUCCUCUUUCUACUUGCAAAGAAUUAUGCAAUACAUUUAAUACAGAAAAAUUACAGAUGUCAGAGGAACUUGAAAAAGCACUAUUUACUAAUGUUCAAACCAAUUCAGAAUUUAUUGGAUAUUAUAAUGAUUUGCGUAAUCAGUAUAAAGAAGAAAUUGAUUCUAUACUUUUGAAUUAA